CGGCAUUAACAAAUAAAUGAAUAAAAAAAAAAAUAAUAAAACAAAAAUCUAAGGAUAUGCGAGAGAAAAUGGAAGAAGAAAUAAAUAAAGCGGCAUGCGAAAAUAACACGCAACUUUGAAUAUCCUUCCGCGACUUUUGGGUGACGUAACGCGGAAGUAGGUCCUGCUGUUCAGCCAAAGCGAAAGUGUUCCUCCGUUUCUCUCCUUCGCAGUGGCUUUUCGGUGCCGGUGACUCUUUGGAAAAACUCCGUAUUCUAUCCAUGAGACGUUUAUGCGCCUUGCUGUUGUUUACUGAGUUAAUACGAGGGACAGUUUGGUAAAAGCAAAACAUGACGGAAGGUGGCGCUCCUGCUGCGGCCAGGGCAGUGCUGCAGCAGUGUCUGCACGCCAGGCUGCAGGUGAAGCCGGCAGGGGAAGACUCACCUGCCCAGUGGGUCCAGAUCGACAGAGGGAUGGUGAUCUACAUCUGCUUCUUCAAAGGAGCCACAGAUGACAUUCUGCCUAAGAUGGUCUCCACCCUGCUGGGCCUCCGGCUGUGUGAGUCCGACUCAGGGAAGCGGGUCUCGGUGUCGGAGCUCCCCGGCAGCGUGCUGAUCGUCCCGCAGGCCACGCUGGGCGGCAAGGCCAAAGGACGGGCCAUGCAGUACCACACCAACAUCGGCAAGGAGGACGGCCUGCGGCUGUACAGCGACUUUGUGUCCCUGUGCGAGAGGGAGCUGCUGCGGGCCGCCGGGGCCGCCGAGGCCGAGGUGACGGUGAAAUGCGGGACGUACGGCAACAGACAGGUGCUGCAGCUGGACACCAACGGACCGUACACACACCUGAUGGACUUCUGAACCGGCAGGGAAGACGCAGAAGGACACAAGGGUGUUCUGUGGACGUCUGGCACCAUGAUGGAGGUCCACCGGAGAACUGGCUAGGCAUAAAUGACGGUUACAACACUGUAUGUAACAGCAAGAAAUUAAAAACGAGAUGACAUGUGGUGAUACUGAAAAUGAUGUUAAGGCACAAGUUAUAUUGUAUCACAGCUAAUAUAGAAUGUAUACCAGGUGAAAAAACAAAAAGUCGUCAGCCUGCAGAAAUUUCCUGGAGGACACCAGUUGCCAGAUCUGAGACUUUUUGACAAGAAAUGCAUUUUUUUUUCUUCCAAAUAUGUGUGAGCCCAUGUCACUCCAUAUGUGAGUCCUUGGCCCAAGCUUUCCAGGAUGCUUUACUUGUUGUGGUGUGUGUGUGUGUGUGUGUGUGUGUGUGUGUGUGUGUGUGGCAAAGGUGGAUUUCUGCUGCAGAAACCCGAUGACUGUCGCCACAGAACAUUUCGCCUCAGUUCAUCUAGUGUCAUAUGAUACCUAUUGCUUUACUGUAAUCGGAUUUAUUAAUAAAAAAUAAAAAAAUCUGGCUUAGAAUAAUUAACGUAUCCAUGGCAACAGCAGCCGUCACCAUGCACCUCCGUCACUUGGGACCGAUGUUGUUGUGUGUUGCGUCGCCAGGGAUUUUUACUGUCCAGAUUUGAUAAAACCAAAAACCAAACAAAACAAACAAACAAACAAACAACAAAAAAAAAGAUUUGGGCUGGCAGUGUGAACAAGGCCGAAGUCAAAUGAUGCCCUUGAGCAAGGCACUCCAUCUGCUCAGUCUGAAUGUGAAGGUGAUUGUUGCAGAAAAGGCUUGUUUUCUUGUUUUGUUUCCUUACAUUAUGAUCACAGCUGUCGUUCCAUCAUUACAACCAUCAUUCAUUUUGAUCAUUUGAAGGGAAAAGGUGCUUCGCUGCACCUCCACAACGAGGAUCGUCCUUCCAAAACGCCACUGAUCCAGUUUUAUUCCUCCAGUUUAGUCAUUUUUUUUUUUCUGAUGUACUUUUAUUUUUGUCAUAUUUGUCAUCAAACAGGCCAGACGGCUGCAGUGUGACGUGUCCAAACUGUUGGCAUCAAGACGUUAUUUCUGUUUUUCUAAUAAAGACUCACACACUUGGGC